CUCUUCAUCAGAUGGCUUGCAGCAACUCAGUUUGAGCCACUGGCUGCAAGAUCUGCUUUCCCUUGCUUUGAUGAACCAGCAUUUAAAGCCACUUUUCUAAUUAAGAUCAGGAGAGAUGAACAGUACACUGCUCUGUCAAAUAUGCCAAAGAAUGUAACCAUCCCUGUGGCAGCUGGAAUAGUUCAAGAUGAAUUCUCUGUGAGCUUGAAGAUGAGUACUUAUCUAGUUGCUUUCAUUGUUGCAAAUCUGACAACUACCAGGAGAGAGACUAAUAGGACACGGGUUUCUAUCUAUGCCAUGCCACAGAAGUUAUCUCAAGUUGAGUAUGCUCUAGACACAGCGGUGAAGCUCCUAGAGUUUUAUCAGAAGUAUUUUCAUAUAGAUUAUCCUCUUCAAAAAUUAGAUUUGGUAGCCAUUCCUGAUUUCCAGGCAGGUGCUAUGGAAAACUGGGGAUUGAUCACUUUUAGAGAGACAACACUCCUUUAUGACAAUAGAACCUCUUCAACAAUGGAUAAAAACCUGAUAACUGCAGUGAUAGCUCAUGAGCUAGCUCAUCAGUGGUUUGGUAAUCUAGUGACUAUGGAAUGGUGGAAUGAUCUUUGGUUGAAUGAAGGAUUUGCAACUUUUAUGGAAUACUUUGCCAUGGAAGAAACUUUUCCAGAGCUACAUGCUGAUGAAGAAUUCCUGAAACUACGAUUCAAGACCAUGAUGAAAGACUCCUUAAAUGCCUCACAUCCAAUCUCCUCUGCUGUCCAGUCUUCAAAGCAGAUUGAAGAAAUGUUUGAUAUGCUUUCCUAUGUUAAGGGAGCUUCCCUUUUGCUGAUGUUGAAAAAGUAUAUUGAACAUGAUACUUUUCAAGCUGGGAUUCAGAAUUAUUUGCAUAAUCACAGCUAUGGAUCUACCAGGAGCGAUGAUUUAUGGGAUAGUAUGAAUAAGGUCACAAAUGGAACAUUAGAUGUAAAAAGACUGAUGAAAACCUGGAUUCUACAGAAAGGAUUUCCCUUAGUAACCAUUAGAAGAAAAGGAAAGACUCUAUUUAUCCAUCAGGAGAGAUUCUUGCGCAGUCCGGAAUCAGAAAAUUGGACUUCAGAUGCAAGUUAUCUGUGGCAUAUUCCUCUCUCCUACAAAACUAGCAACUGCAGCUCUUUAUUCUGUCCUUAUUCAUAUUUAUUGGACCAGAAAUCAGCUACCAUUGAACUUCAGGAGGAGGUGAAGUGGGUGAAGUUCAAUGUGGACAUGGAUGGUUAUUAUAUCGUGCACUAUGCUGAAGAUGGCUGGGAAACUCUUAUUGACCAGUUGAAAAGAGAUCCCACUGCUCUGAGUGCCAAAGACCGAGCCCACCUGAUCAACAAUAUCUUCACCCUUGUGGGAGUAGGCAAGGUGUCUCUGUUGAAGGCCUUUAAUCUGCUUGAUUACAUUGUGAAAGAGAAUGAAGCUGCGCCAAUCACUCAAGCUCUGUUCCAACUGAGUGUCAUCUAUGGCCUCAUAGAAAAAAGAGGAAUGCAAGAUCUUGCUGCAAGAGUAGUGGGCAGAGUUGAAAAGCUACUUGGAAGCAAAAUUGAUCAACAGACUUGGACUGAUAAUGGGACCUUAUCUGAACGAGAGUUGCGGUCCACUGUGCUUGCCUUUGCCUGUUCCUAUCAUUUGGGAAAAUGUAACACCACUGCCACUAAGCUGUUUGAGGACUGGAAGGCUUCCAAUGGCACAAAGAGUCUUCCUACUGAUGUUAUGAAGACUGUAUUCACAACAGGAGCAAAAAGUAACGAUGGGUGGGAGUUCCUUCUAAGCAUGUACACAUCUUCAGUUUCUGAAGCCGAGAAGUACAAAAUGCUUGAGGCUCUAGCCAGCACGGAAGAUGUUAGAAAACUGAUCUGGUUAAUGCAGACAAGCCUGGAAGGAGACUUCAUCAGGUCACAGGAACUUUCACAUAUCAUAGCAACUGUUAGCCAAAGUCUACCUGGCCACUUGUUAGCCUGGGACUUUGUCAAAGAAAACUGGGAAAAGCUUAUACAGAAGUUCCACGUGGGGUCAUACACUAUCCAGAAUAUUGUUACUGUGUCAACCUCUCAGUUCUCAACAGAGGCCCAUCUAGUUGAGGUUAAGACUUUCUUUGAGUCCAAAUCGGAGAAGAGUUCUGAACUUCGUUGCGUCAGAGAGGCUAUUGAAACAAUUCAGCUGAAUAUUAAGUGGAUGAUGACAAACUUGAAGAUGCUGCAGCAAUGGCUGUAGAGAACACAAUGUCACAGUGUGCGUGCUAGCCAUUAAGAGAGCUUGUGAACUGUUGCUUUUGCAAAAGCCAGGGUGAAACCGGGCAUCGCUGCAACUUUGUUUGCACUAUUAGGAGUUAUAGUUAGCUCAGGGCACAUCUCACCUAAGUUUGUUUUUCUUUUGGUCAUUUGUGGGCCAGAUGUAGAUACUUAUUUAUUCUGGAACUGUUCGUCUAUAGACCAAUCAGAUGCAUAAAUAACUAAUACGUACAGUACUUUUAUAUUUGAAAACCUGUCCUAUCCUCCUCAACCCUGGGUAGAAAUUCAAAAAGAGAGCAACAAAGGAAGAACUGCCAUGAGAUGCUUUUUCUUUGCAAAGCGCUAGCUAAUCCGUGAUCUUUAUGCAAAACCUUUGGAUUUAGCUUUUGAUUAUCAGUUUUUUCUAAGCAUUAUAAAAACAGAAGAUGUUGUUAUAAUAUGCAUUUUGUCCAAUAAGUGGCCAGGCGCUACUGAUAUUCUAUGAAAAAACAAAGCCAAAUAUAAAAUAUUAAUGUUUUAGGAGGGAAGGGAUUUUCAAAAGCACCUCAGUGACUUGGGAACACAUGUCCCUCUGAGUCAAUGGGGAGUAUGUUCCUAACCAGUUAGGCACUUCUAAAGGUUACACUUUCAUUUUCUAGACUGUGUUAAUAUUAAUUUGUUGAUGUCUGAGCAACAGCCCUCUUUCCUGCUCCCCUCUCUCCAUGCUAUAGGAAGCUGUUUCAGGCUAGUUUCGGUGGUGAACUGACUACUGAUCCUUUUCACCACUCCACCUUGUGAAGGGCCUGCAUUGGUACAUGUGUGUCAGAUGUUUUGUUUGGGUCAGUCUUUAUAUUCUUCACUUAACUUUUCAGUGUCACUAGUUAGAUUUGCAUACAUUGCUUAUUCUGUAAUGCUUACUUGUUGUAACAGUGUGGAACUUUGGAUAAGGGGACAAAGUCUAAAACUUGUUCUAGAAACAAGUGGCCUAAAUUCAGGCUUGGCAGACUAAAGGGCAAGAUAGCCACUGUACAAUGUGCCUUUUUUUGUUUCUAAUGCUGUUCACAAUAAAGGCCCUUUUUGAGGCCUGGUGUAAACAGAGUUGUACGUCUUUAACUAAAGAGAUGGUUUUUAUACCUGUUUAGUUAAAGCGGUAGAGAGAGAGAGAUUGUGUAGAAAUUUUUAUGCCUGUUUUAAAGCUGGCUAAUCUCAUGUUAGUUUGUGUCGUCAAAAUUUUCACUUACAGACAAAUUGAUAUAACAAGUUUCAAACUAGUGUUUGGAUUUUUUUUAAAGUUGCAUCAGUUAAUGGCAUGGCUUUAAAUUGAACCAGUGCAAAUUUUGUUUGGAGGUAAGCUCUGAGAUAAAUUAUUUCUCCAAAAGAUGGGAAGACUAUUUUCAGUCAUCAUCAGCUUUUGACUUUGAAUAUCACAAUUUUAAUAUAGUCUCUGUUUAAAAAAACCCUGACUCUUUCACCUGCAAAUUGUGGCAGUAGUAUUCCAGAGAUGUAGGUUGGUGAUUGAAAACUGGCCACUAAAAAUUAUAGUAUGUGUUGGCUUUUCAUUAGUAGGUAUGUACUAAACCAUAUAAACUUGUGCAGUUUCAUUUCCAUGUUUUGUGCUUCUCUGACAAAAGUUUGAGGAAGUAUUUUCCUAAAAAUUCGACAAUAGUCAUUUUUUAAAAAGGACUUCUGCAGUUCUAACCUUGAAAAAGAAUGGUGGUACUCCUGGGUAUAGAAACAGCCCAUGGAAAUGAAUGCAUUUUGCAUGCACUGAAAGUGGAUUUAUAUUCCUCAUCCGUAAUUUAACUAGAUGGAAUCUUAAUUCAUUGUGCUCUGUGAUCACUUGUGCUAACUGCUCUGUGCAGUGUUGUUCCUCACCCCCCUGCCCAGUUACUGUUAGUUACAUCUUUGAAUAUUCUUCUUUGUGUGCUUGUACACCCUGGUUCUCUUCCUUUUCCAUUUUCCUGUUCUAAUUUUCCCCCUUGACAGAAGCAAAGAUGAUGAAUGUAAUAUGUAAAGUGGCAAUUAAUCCCCUCAUUCCCAACUCUGGAAUUUUUAAAAUGUUCUACCAUUGAUCUUAAAUGUAUUACUGGCAAUAUAGUCUGUACUAGGAUAUAUCAUGCACUUCCAUUUUUAGAGUAAAAAAUACAGUAAAAACUGAAAAAAAGGAGUUUGGAAAAUCAUGGCUUUAAAAGUCCAAAACCAAAAAACAUCAAUGCAAGGAAUUUCAUUUUGCUCCUCAAUGCACUGAGGUUUUUCAUCUUUUUUGCUACCUAAACAUCACUUUUGUGAAUAUGUUCGAUAUCACCUCUCCUUCUCUGGAGUGUGUUCUGUGGACAAUAACUGAAAUCACUGAGAAGCUUUUCCUUGACUUAAGAGUUGGAUCAGGCUCUCAUACUGAGAAUCACCAAGAAUCCUUCUCUCUUCCAGAGCUCAGUGGGAUUUGAGGAGAAUUGUCACUGCUAAGUAUCAAGACAUUGCAUGUUUUAUGUUAAAUGAGUAGAUCUUGCCUGUUUUUUUUAAUCUUCCAGUCAGUAGUGUAGACAGAAGAGUAGGCAAGAAUGGGGAGCAAGGGGAAGCAGGACAGAAGGGAUGGGGGUAAGCCCUGGCUGCACACCCCAGCCAGAGCGCCGGGUCAGUACAGGGUAAUCCCCGGAAGGGUGGGUUUAGAGCAAAGUGGGUGGGCCACGGGCCACUCAGGCCCAUCUGUGGCUAUACCGCUACUUCCGUAAAAAAAACCACACACUGUAGCAAAAAAAUCUCUCGUUAAGAUUCCGUAAUACUUUACAGGCAAACGUUAUGGAACAACAUGCUGUAUAGGACUUGGAUAUUGUCUUUAUUUUGUUUCUAAAAGAAAGGAAAGUCCCACUGAAAAGCUACUAGACAAACACCAGCACAUUGAGGCCACCUCGCUCUCUGUGAGAUCAGUUUUGUUGAACAUAUAUUUUAGUUGGAGUCUCUCUGUUUAGGUCCAGUGAAAUUCCCUAGCUUGUCCUCUUGAAAGCUUUUGUGUUAUUGUAGUGUUGGUACUUUGAGGUCAUCUCAUUAUAAAUAAUAUUUAACUGUGACAUCUAAAAACCUAAUUUUAAGGAAACCAUGGAUUACGUAUAGCUAUGUAUUGUCUGGGUUUUUUUCUCCCUAACAUUUCAUAUAUAAAAUUAACCUAACAGGGAAAAAUUAUGAUAAUUAAUGAGAUUUUUAACUUUACCCCUGGAAAACAGCCUUUGCAUGCUAUGUAGCUUUGAUUUUUAUUAAAAUUGCAAAUUUGUUUAAUUCUAAAACUUGUAUUUAUCAUUCAUGAGAUUUUGGCUUCUUAAAUUUAUUCCAUUUGAAAAGAAUCAGGCUAUGAUGAGAGAAGGAGCUUGAAAUGGAUCAUAUGUGACUGUUUAUAUCUGAUUGUAGCAACAGUCUGUGUGCCUUAUGGAUUAUAUUACAGUAAUAUACAAAAUCAUAUGCUAGCUGGAGCUUGCAAAAAGAAUGGACUCCCUUUUAUUCCAGUGGGUCAGUAAAACUCCAGUUUCAAAUCUGGCAUAUUUUUAUUCUUUAAGCAAGAGAUGUUAAUGCUAUUUAUGUUCUAUUAGAGGUCGACGAUACUUUUGUUUCCCACUCCUCAAAUGCUUUGAGUUGUGUGGCAAUUUGUAGUAGCCCAUAGGCUUUUAUUUUUAUAUGUAUUAACCCCUACCAUAUUGUUUUAUUUGCAUUCCCAGUCUUGUCCCCAUUCACACUAACAAAGUAGUUCUGAGAGAUGCUGUAACUCAAAUUCUCAGUCACCUAUUUCAAGCCUUAGUGUGCUCUCUUGUCUGUAUCCCUCUGCCGCUGUCCUUCAGAGCUAAUUUCUGCAAGCACAUUCUCAUCCUCCAAAUAGUCACCUGUCUGCUGAUGGGAAAGUUGAAAACACCAGUAUCUAGAAUAGCCUUCCUAUGGCAUGAAUUAUAGAGCUGUUUUCAUUCAGUCCAUACUAAUGUAUGUGGAAUUGGAGAUAUUACUGCACAUUCAAUUUGGAAAGUAAUGUGGGUUCCUGUGUUCAUUGAAAGUAUGUUUCAUAGAGAAUUGUACUUCAAAACUUACACAAUCUAAUCUCUUCCAAUAUCUCACUUUACAAGCAAGGUUGCAUAUGCUUCUGUAAGCAAUAAUACCAGUCUAGUAGGGACUUCAUCACGACUGAAUUGAAUUGACUCUACAUUUUAGUUUAUAAAAUCCUGUUUUCAUAAAAUGCUUUCACCUUUUCUAGAAUAUUAUUGUAUUGCCAAUCUGAAUAGCUCUCUUUAGCUCUAGGAAUGAUAUUAAUUGGUUAAUUUUGUACCUGGCAGGGCUGAAGGGAUGGAUUUUGCCAUAGAAAUAUUUACCUUUUUCUUGCUCACAACAUCUUGCAACAUUUUGAGGCAUUUUCUCUUUGGCAUACAAGUCUGACCCUUGAAGUGAAUCCUGCUUUAUGAGUACAUAUCUUUCACCUGUUCUGUAUUAGAUGAACAUUCCUUUCCCACAGAUCGACUCCCUUCUUCCUCCUCCCUGCCCCAUUGCUGGAAGAUGUUAUCUUUCUUUGCACUCUGAAAUUUAAAACAAUGCUGCUUCAUUAACCAUACAUUUUUGUAUGAAUUUCAUGCAUCCGGAAUUGUAUGUUGGCUUUCUUUGUGUAUUUCUGAAUCAGGUUUCAUGUAGUUAAUUUACCCCCAUCACACAGUAAAUGUUCUCUCACAUUUUGGCUCUAUUGUAUAGAAGAAAAAAAUGCACAAGUAAAUUUACUUUUACAUUAUUUAUUUGAUUUUUUUUAAAGAUACUACUAAAUGUUAUAAGAUUUAGUUCAGUUUUUUUGAAUUUUUAAAUGAAGCAUGGAUUCUCAUGAUUUUUGGAAAGGUUUUAAAAGGAUGUAACUUACCACGUUAAACUCUCAGGUCAUAUUGAUAAAGAAUUUAAACUUCUAGUUUUCCUGUUGUUUAAAUCUGCUGCUGUAGUAGAAAUACAAUUUUAUAUAUGAUGACUUAAUUUUCAUUAGUGUGAGAGGAAGUCAUCUUUUUGAGUUGAUCAUAGUGACAUUUAGCAAAUUACAGUAAAAUAUUUAUUAAAGGGUUGAAACUUGAAAGGAUUUAAAUACGUUCAAAUUUGGAUUGCAUUAUUAAAGAUUAAUAAUAUUUUCUAGUCAAUGAAUUAGAGAAUGGAGUAUUCUGAGAGCAAACUGCUUCAAACCACAGCUAAACUUGCAAUCAGAUUAGUCCUGUUUUCCAGUCUUCAUAAAGUUAAGUAGCCCUGAAGAAUGAUACUUUCAAAUUAUUUUGGAAAAGUUAGAUAUUGUAAGGACUUGCAGGGAUAACAUUUGAAUAUUUCUAAAAUAGUUAGGAGAGAAGUACAAUGCAUUACAUGUGUGAGAUUGGGUGAUGAAAUUCCAGAUUGUACAAUAUUUGCCUUUAGAUAGAGGAUUUUUGAAAAGAGUGUGUAUAUAAUGUACACACAUAAGCAGAUCUGUUUUGUUUCACUUGUAAGGGGGGGGGAACUUAUUUUCAGAUACAUUUGUUUGCAUAUAAUGGGCACUGACAAAAAGGCAUGUAUAAUGCAAACACUGUUGCUUUUGUGAGAAGAAAAUAAAGUAUUUAAAUACAAAUUGCUCUCAUUCUU